AUGACGACGACUGUGGACGCCGAGCGCGACGAGGCGCGGGAUAGGGGGGAGCGAGGGAUGGUGUUGGUGCCGUCGACGUCUCUGGACGCGCGCGUGGGCGUCGCGGGGGCGUACGAGGGGCUCACGACGGUGAAUCUGCGAGCCAACGGUCUGCGAACGCUCAAAGAUAUCGCACACUUGCCGUCGGUGCGCGUCCUGGAUGUCUCCGCGAACGCUCUGAUCGCGCUCGAUGGGUUGAGCGAUGUCUUGGGUGCGUCCUUGCGGACGUUGGACGUGAGCGAUAACGCGAUCGGGACGUUGGAGGGGUUGGGACGGAGCGCGCCCGGGUUGCGCAGACUGCGGGCGAGAAACUGCGGCGUCGAUCGUGACGGUGUGGGCGCGCAUCCGUCGUUGAUCGAGCUGGAUCUGGGGGGUAAUGGAUUGGAGGAGAUACCUGAUUGUUCGAGGUGUCCGGGGCUCAGGAUCGUGCGGUUGCGAAGGAACGCGAUAUCGUCGCUCGCGCUCGCGCGGAGUCGGUUGCCGGCGACGACGAGCGAGCUAGAUGUUCGUGAGAACGACCUCGCGGACGCCGAGGAGUUUCGGUUUCUGAGAUAUUUCCCGAGAUUGAGCAAGUUUUCGUUCGCGGGAAACCCCGUGGACGCGAGGGCGGUGCACUACGGGUACGACGCGCGGGCGCUCGUCGCGUUUUGUGCGCCGACGAUUCGGGAGUGCGACGGCGAGCGCGCGAGCGGAUCCACGUGGGCUUUCGCGGGGAAGAAGCUCUUCAGGAAUGACGCCGGAGAGUUGUGUGAUGAGUUGCUGGCGAUCUUGAACGAGCGGGCGUCGCCCUGGGUGUUGGGUGAGUAUUUGCGUAACGCCGGAUGCGCGAGAACAGAGGCUUCGCCGACUGCGCAGACGCGAGAGCGAAGCGCCAUGUUCUCCGUUUCGUCGUUCGUUCCGGUGCGUCGUGAUGACGAGGCCGAUGUAUUGGAUGAGGAAGAUAGUGAACGAUCGGAUGAUGGAUUCGAGGUCGAGGCUCGUCGCAUGUAUGCGGAGGUUGAGGAGCUCGAUCACACGGCGCAUUGGUUAUCCCGCGUCGCCUCCGAAAGCGGCGAUGAAGACGACGAGAAGGACGAGGAGGCGCCGAGGCCGUUCACCAUGGAUGCGCUCGCGAUGAUUUCACCAAUUCGCACACUCUCAAACGCGAAGAGAUACGUCGGUAACAUCGAGGAAGAGGAGGAGGACGACGACGCCACAGAGGACGAUGCAUCAACACAAUCCGCCGAGGAGGAAUUUUACUCCUUGGAGGACUGCACCGCGACGGUGAAAACGCCCACUGUUGCCUCGGCGACGACGCCGUCGCGAUCUGGGUCGUCGACAUCGCGCUCACAGACGCGAAUGCGGCUCGUUCGCGCGUCACCCAGGGGUCGAGGUCCGAAUGCAAAUGAUUUGAAGGGCGUCGCCGACGUGUUUCUCGAUCGACUGUCCGCCCAGGAGUCGCCGAUGAAUGACUCGCCGGAUCUCCGUCCUCGCGCGGCGACGAAUCGCGGGAGUUUCGUCUUCACCGAUGACAGCGAUUCUUUCGCCGUGCACGAGUCCUUCGACGCGUUUGAGGACGAAGACGAGGCGUCGCUUCGUUCAUUUUUACUCCUCGGCGACGAGAACGACUCGGGCGUAAUGUCGCCGCUCAUGUCGCCGCGCGCGGGAUUACGUUCGGCGCUGAAAACCGCGGUCGACGAUUUAGCGCACGGUAAAGGCGGUGGGGGGACACCCGAGAGACUGGCUCGCUGCGCGAAAAAGAUUGAGACGAUGAUCGAUGAUAUCAAGCGCACGCGCGUGCGAUCCGGCGAUUCGUGA